UAUACAAAUAUUUUUACUGCACGUGACCGGGAAAUCCGAAAAUGAAAGAAGGUGUUGCAAGCAUCGUUGUUGUGUGUUUGACUUUUAUAUUCACCAGUGCUCAGACCGUGCCAUUUAAAGAGCUGUACAUUGACCAAUAUGUAGAUCACUUUAACUUUGUGUCUUAUGGGGAAAGCAUAUUCAAGGAGAGAUAUUUAUUACAAGAUCAAUGGUGGAAACCAGGAGUGGGCCCAAUCUUCUUCUACACAGGAAAUGAGGGCUCAAUAGAGGAAUUCUGGGACAACACGGGAUUUGUGUUUGAUAUCGCUCCAGAAUUUAAUGCUCUCGUGGUGUUUGCGGAACAUCGUUUCUAUGGAAAAUCUUUGCCGUUUGGGAAUAAGAGUUUUUCGCACCCUUAUGUUGGAUUGCUAAGCAUCGAACAGGCUCUAGGAGACUAUGCCGUUUUGUUAUCAACCCUAAAGCAAGAAUUAAAUGCCACUUCCUGUCCUGUCAUUACUUUUGGUGGCAGCUAUGGAGGAAUGCUCAGUGCGUACAUGAGAUUUAAGUACCCUAAUUUGGUGGCAGGGAGCAUAGCAGCAAGUGCCCCCAUUUUUCUACUGUCUGCAAACUCCAAAAGAGAUUUCUUCUGGGAGGAUGUCACCAAGGAUUUCAAUGCAGUCUCACCAAAAUGUGUUGAUAGAGUUAAAAAAGCCUUUGUCAUGAUGGAUGUUAUUUCAAAGAAACCGGGAGGUUUGAAAGAACUAUCCACUUCUUUUGCCCUUUGUAAACCACUGACUUCAAUGAACGACUAUCACCAUUUGCUUGGAUGGAUAAGGAAUGCCUUCACAUACCUAGCUAUGAUGGAUUACCCAUAUCCCACCUCAUUUAUGGGAAACUUACCUGGAUACCCAGUGAAGGUAGCUUGUGGCAUGAUCCUCAACAACACAGAUGUUGUAAAAGGCCUAUAUCAGGCUUCAGAGAUAUUUUACAACAGUACCGGUCGACUUUGCUUUGACAUCUGGGCAGACUUUAUUGAGUGUGCUGAUCCCACAGGAUGCGGGCUAGGAUUCAAUAGCAGGGCAUGGGAUUAUCAGGCUUGUACUGAAAUUCAUCUUCCUGCUGGGAGUAACAAUAUCACAGACAUGUUCCCAGUGCUGCCAUUCACAAAUCCAAUCAGAAAUCAAUACUGCCAGAAGACGUGGGGCGUGGCACCGCGGGACUUGUGGGGACAGGCACAGUUCUGGGCAGAAAAUAUCAAGUCAGCCAGUAAUAUAGUUUUCUCCAAUGGUGACCUUGACCCAUGGCACAGAGGAGGGGUAACACAGGCACCUAACCCUUCUGUCGGAGUCAUAAUGAUAAAGGGAGGAGCUCAUCACCUGGAUCUUAGAGGCAAAAACAAAGAUGACCCUGCAUCAGUGAUACAAGCAAGGAAUCAGGAAAAGGACUACAUCAAGAAAUGGAUAGCAGAAUCCAGACAAUCUCAUUAAUGCCAACAGCAUAGUAUUAAUUUGAUAUUUUGUGCUGAAUGAACCAAAGUAUCAAAUGGAGAAUUUGUCUGUGAGCAGUCUGUGCUGUAGUCAUCCAUAGUCUCUUUUUUAAACAUAUAUUUUUUUUUACUAGAAUGUUAUAUACUAAUUUAUACCUUGUACUUGUAAAACCAAUCACUCAUUUGAUUACUGAUUUUUUUAUAUAACACUGUGAUAACAUAAUCAUGACAAUUUAUAGUAAUUUUUAUUAUGCAAAGGCUAAUUAAAGUUCAUUCAUUGACAAAAACAUGUAGGGUAAAAAUGUGAUAAUAGUAAUCUUUCCUGUUGUGUGUAACUUUCAGAUGGUGUUAAAUUUUUUUGAUUAACCAA